GGCUCCCGCCCGAGCGGGGUGGGCGCGACGCGGGUAGCGCGGGGGCCGCUCGGAGAUGGGCGCCCAGGCAGCCAAGUGUGCAGCUGGAGCGAGUCCUCCCUGAAGGGGAGAGGAGCCUAGUAUGGGCCUUUGGAGAAUGGAAGGUAGUAACUCAAUGCUGGACAGAAGAAGGAGGACAAGAAAGAAGCAUUAGUGUUGGAAUAGCAUGAGCCUGUGAAGAAAAGGAGAAUGUUUUGGACAGAACCUUUCUUUGUAUAUCUUUCAAGAAGAGGGUGCAAGGUUGAUUUCUAGUUAGAAAUAAGCUCUGCCUGUUUCUACAGCUAGUUAAUUAGAAAUAAAAUCUUUGUGAACCCAUGGAUUAUACUGAAAACUUUUUUUUUUAAAGAAAUAAAAUUGAUACUGCUUCACGGUGAUGAUAUGGCAUCUGCCAGCUCCAGCCGGGCAGGAGUGGCCCUGCCUUUUGAGAAGUCUCAGCUCACUUUGAAAGUGGUGUCUGCAAAGCCCAAGGUGCAUAAUCGUCAACCUCGAAUUAACUCCUACGUGGAGGUGGCAGUGGAUGGACUCCCUAGCGAGACCAAGAAGACUGGGAAGCGCAUUGGGAGCUCUGAGCUGCUCUGGAAUGAGAUCAUCAUUUUGAAUGUCACGGCCCAGAGUCAUUUGGAUUUAAAGGUCUGGAGCUGCCAUACCUUGAGAAAUGAACUGCUAGGCACCGCGUCUGUCAACCUCUCCAAUGUCUUGAAGAACAAUGGGGGCAAAAUGGAGAACACGCAGCUCACCCUGAACCUACAGACAGAGAACAAAGGCAGCGUUGUCUCAGGCGGAGAGCUGACGAUUUUCCUGGACGGGCCAACUGUUGAUCUGGGAAGUGUGCCUAAUGGCAGUGCUGUGACAGACGGAUCACAGCCACCUUCGAGAGACUCCAGUGGAACAGUAGCAGCUCCAGAGAACCGGCACCAGACCCCCAGUACAAACUGCUUUGGUGGAAGAUCCCGGACUCACAGACAUUCAGGUGCUUCAGCUAGAACAACCCCAGCAACUGGCGAGCAAAGCCCUGGUGCUCGGAGCCGGCACCGCCAGCCCGUCAAGAACUCAGGCCACAGUGGCUUGGCCAAUGGCACAGUGAAUGACGAACCCACAACAGCCACUGAUCCCGAAGAACCUUCCGUGGUUGGUGUGACGUCCCCACCUGCUGCACCCGCAAGUGUGACCCUGAAUCCCAACACGACUUCUCUCCCUGCCCCAGCCACACCGGCUGAAGGAGAGGAACCCAGCACUUCGGGUACACAGCAGCUCCCAGCGGCUGCCCAGGCCCCCGAUGCUCUGCCGGCCGGAUGGGAACAGCGAGAGCUGCCCAACGGACGUGUCUAUUAUGUUGACCACAAUACCAAGACCACCACCUGGGAGCGGCCCCUUCCUCCAGGCUGGGAAAAACGCACAGAUCCCCGAGGCAGGUUUUACUAUGUGGAUCACAAUACUCGGACCACCACCUGGCAGCGCCCGACCGCAGAGUACGUGCGCAACUACGAGCAGUGGCAGUCGCAGCGGAACCAGCUCCAGGGGGCCAUGCAGCACUUCAGCCAAAGAUUCCUCUACCAGUCUUCGAGUGCUUCGACUGACCAUGAUCCCCUGGGCCCCCUCCCACCUGGCUGGGAGAAGAGACAGGACAAUGGACGGGUGUAUUACGUGAACCAUAACACUCGCACGACCCAGUGGGAGGACCCCAGGACCCAGGGGAUGAUCCAGGAACCAGCUCUGCCCCCAGGAUGGGAGAUGAAAUACACCAGCGAGGGCGUGCGAUACUUUGUGGACCACAAUACCCGCACCACCACCUUUAAGGAUCCUCGCCCAGGGUUUGAGUCGGGGACGAAGCAAGGUUCCCCUGGUGCUUAUGACCGAAGUUUUCGGUGGAAGUAUCACCAGUUCCGUUUCCUCUGCCAUUCAAAUGCCCUACCCAGCCAUGUGAAGAUCAGCGUUUCCAGGCAGACGCUUUUCGAGGAUUCCUUCCAACAGAUCAUGAACAUGAAACCCUAUGACCUGCGCCGCCGGCUCUACAUCAUCAUGCGUGGGGAGGAGGGCCUGGACUAUGGAGGCAUCGCCAGAGAGUGGUUUUUCCUCCUGUCUCACGAGGUGCUCAACCCUAUGUAUUGUUUAUUUGAAUACGCGGGGAAGAACAAUUACUGCCUGCAGAUCAACCCCGCCUCCUCCAUCAACCCGGACCACCUCACCUACUUCCGCUUUAUCGGCAGAUUCAUCGCCAUGGCGCUGUACCACGGAAAGUUCAUUGACACGGGCUUUACCCUCCCUUUCUACAAGCGGAUGCUCAACAAGAGACCAACCCUGAAAGACCUGGAGUCCAUCGACCCCGAGUUCUACAACUCCAUUGUCUGGAUCAAAGAGAACAACCUGGAAGAGUGUGGCCUGGAGCUGUACUUCAUCCAGGACAUGGAGAUCCUGGGCAAGGUGACGACCCACGAGCUGAAGGAGGGCGGCGAGAGCAUCCGGGUUACGGAGGAGAACAAGGAAGAGUACAUCAUGCUGCUGACCGACUGGCGUUUCACCCGAGGUGUGGAAGAGCAGACCAAAGCCUUCCUGGAUGGCUUUAAUGAGGUGGCCCCACUGGAGUGGCUGCGCUACUUUGAUGAGAAAGAGCUGGAGCUGAUGCUGUGUGGCAUGCAGGAGAUAGACAUGAGCGACUGGCAGAAGAACACCAUCUACCGGCACUACACCAAGAACAGCAAGCAGAUCCAGUGGUUCUGGCAGGUGGUGAAGGAGAUGGACAAUGAGAAGAGGAUUCGGCUGCUGCAGUUUGUUACUGGGACCUGCCGCCUGCCCGUUGGGGGAUUUGCUGAACUCAUCGGUAGCAAUGGACCACAGAAGUUUUGCAUUGACAAGGUUGGCAAGGAAACCUGGCUGCCCAGAAGCCACACCUGCUUCAACCGUCUAGAUCUCCCACCCUACAAGAGCUAUGAACAGCUGAGAGAGAAGCUGCUGUAUGCCAUUGAGGAGACCGAGGGCUUUGGACAGGAGUGACCAAGGCUGCCCCUCCCACGUCCCCCAACGCACAUGUAGUCCUGAGUCCUCCCUGCCUGAGAGGCCAUUGGCCCCGCAGCCCUCGGGAGACCCCCGUGGAUGUGGCCCUGUGUGGGACCACACUGUCAUCUCGCCGCUGGCAGAAGAGCCUGAUCCCAGGAGGCCCUUCAGUUCCCCCACCCGCGGAGGGCAGUCUGGAAUAAAGCCCUCUAGUUGCCUUUGCCCCACCCUUGCAAAGUUCCAGAGGGCUGACCCUCUUUACAGAACACCCCCCUCUCCCCUGGGCCCCACCCUGGGUGUGUGUGAGUGUGGAAGGGAAGGUGUUGCAUCCCCAGGGGCUGUGGCGGAGGCCUCAUGGGCUAGUUUGGCGAGGAGACUGGCCAUUGGGGGUGGCUGUUCUGGAAUGAGAGAGCCAGGGGUCUUUGCCAGCAAAGGAGGUUCUGCUGUAAUUGAGCCUCUGUGAUGAUGGAGAUGAAGUAAGGGUCCGAGGGAGAGGAUCCUGGGGCAAGGCUGUCUCCGCCUCCCUCCCUAGCAGGCGCCAGCCGUGGAGGCUGAGUUGUGGGACGCAUGCCGGUCAGUUCAUUCACUCUCAGCAAAUGAAGGUUUGUCUAAACUUCCUGGGUAUCCAUGGGACAGAAACAGCAAACUCCCCCAGACUUUCUUUGUACAUUUAUAAACUUGAAGCAUUUGCGUUGUAGGGUUGCUUUUUGUUUUGUUUUUUUUUUUUUUGCUGCUGUCACUUUCUGUCCAGGAGCUGGCACCCCAGGGGUCCAAGAGUUUCCCAAACAGCCACUCCUCUCAGGAACCCGCAUGGCGGUUCCAGUGCAGCCUCACAGGGACCUCGCCCCUGAGACUGGCAGAGUGGAAGGGGUUGGGGUCCCAAGCGCCACUCCCAGCCUUGCCGCCUUUGAUAGAGAAGAAAUCCCUUUGCUAGAUAGGGUCCCCUGGGCAGCCCCCACUGUUGGGACAUGGGUCUGGCUGUGGAGCUCCCCUGCCAGCCCCUGGAGCUCCACGUGGGCUUGUUCAUCCGCUGUUCAGAAUGGAGGGCGGCCCAGCCAGCAGAUCUGCAUAGGUGCGAGGCUUUAUCAGCACACAGGACAUGAAAACCAGCAGAAAGGCCCUGAGCUGCUGCAUAGCCCAAUCUGAUUUCUGUAUUUCCCGCCAGCCUCCAACACGGGGACUCUGCCAUGAUUGGAAUCUUCAUAGGUCAUAUUGAAAUCUUCAAGGUGACUGUGCCGCACCGGGAUGCUGGGGCAGUCAUCGUGGCAGACUCCCCAGCCCAGGCUCCCAGCAUUCUAGGACUCCAGGCAGCCCCUUGGACUGGUCCUGGAUGCCUUCCAAGCACAGUCUCAUGUGCACAGAUUCUUGGCCUUCCCCCAGCCUGGGAGGCACAGCCCACGUCUGCCUCUGUCUUGUGUGCUGAUUUGAGUGGCUCAGCUUGCCGAGGUGCAGCUUCUUCUGUCCCUUUCAGUCAUUUGCUGUACUUCCCUGUGGCACGUCACCAUGGAGACCACCCCGUUGGGUGGGUCGGGGUGUAAGCUGCCAGGCGGUUUGGAAGCAUCAGGCUCACGGGUGUUCAUGUGUGUUCGUGCGUGUGCGUACGUACGUGUGUAUAACUGAAGUGUCUGUACCGAAUGCCCUUUGCUAGCGAUGGGUUGGUCACCAGUUUGUUUUGUAAGCCUGCCCCCUGCCUCAAUAUUGCCAGUUUCUUGUGCAAUAAACAAUCAGCAGCUGUG